GCCGGUCACGGUCGUGUUGGAAAGCACAGAAAGCAUCCUGGUGGUCGCGGUCUUGCUGGUGGUCAGCAUCAUCACCGUAUCAACAUGGAUAAGUACCAUCCCGGUUACUUUGGUAAAGUCGGUAUGCGUCACUUCCAUUUGAAGAAGAAUCAGACCUGGCGCCCCGUCAUCAACCUUGACCAAAUCUGGUCUUUGGCUGGUGAGGGUGUUCGUGAAAAAUACAAGAACACCGAAAAGGUCCCCGUCAUUGACGCCCUCCAGAACGGUUACGGCAAGGUCUUGGCCAAGGGUUCCGUUAGCCAGCCCGUCAUUGUCCGCACUCGUUACGUCUCUCGUCGUGCUGAAGAGAAGAUCAAGGCUGCCGGUGGUGUCGUCGAACUCAUUGCUUAAUUGAUUUUCAUUUCUAUUUUUCCGUUCUAGUUCAGUUCAUCUUCCUCAGAUACAACAAUAGUCAUCGCAUACUGCUCUUUUUCGUCCCCCUUUCAAUUUCCGUUUCUCAUGUUUUUCAUGUUUUUCAUGCAUGUGUACUUUACCAUGAACAUUUGUUUUUUACGACUUAUUUUUUUUUUUUGAAUGGAUA